AUGACUUGUGAUGGAAAGACGCCACAAACUAAACCACUCUCAGACACUGUUUCUUCAUGCUUGCAAGUGUUCAUCAAGGCAAAAUACAACUCAGAUUCUUUUAAUUUUGACAAGACCCCCUUCAAGAGAUUUGUGAAUGGCAAGUUUUACAAGGCAAGGACUUGGGGCAGGAAAAACCGCCCUGAACUGGUGGAGCAGGGAUUAGUCAGGCCUAAGUUGAAAAAGAAUACUAAGAAGAAAACUGAUGACAAUGUUGACGGUGGUGGUGACAAUAAUGUAGCCACUAAAAAAACUGGAACUCCUGGAAAGAAGAAAAAAAAGAGUGAAAGCCGUAUGAAGCAUUCAAGUAAUCAUAAAGCCAAAUCUCAAUCACAACCCACCAAGCAUAAGGAGCCAGAUGUCAAGAUCAGUAACCGCAAACAAUCAUCUGAAACUGAUAGCCAAGGGAAGAAAGAAAAGAAGACUUCACUGCUUAAUACACACAAGCGUGACAGCAGACAGAGAGAUGACGAAAGGAGAAAUAACAGUCGGAGAGACGAUGAAAGAGGAAAUAGCAAACAUAGAGUCGAUGAGAGAGGAACUGGAAGACACGGAGACAGUGGAAGUGGUAAUGUCAGAAAAUUUCAGAAAGACGAUGGAAGAGAGAGAAGUUCUAAAGUAACAUAUGAAAACCGUGGUGAGGGCAGGAACUCAAGAGACAUUAGGAAGAGAUUUUCAGAUGAUCUUGUCCAUCAUCCAGACCAGGGCCAAAAGCGCCCAAAAUUCUCUGUUGUUUUAGAAGCUGCAAAGAAAAUGAAUGCAACUCAACCUAAGACUUCUACUCCCAAAUUUAAGAACGUACAUCAUGGCGCUGAUGGUUGGGUUACGGAGCAUAAUAUUACUAAGCAUUUUAAGUCAUCCAAAUCCAAUGGUGAUAGACGAGCAACACAAUUCCUUGACAGCGAAUUUGCAAGUCUUGAAGGCUCGGAGAGUGAAACUAGUCGCACUUCAAAUAAGCACAACAGUGACGAUGACUCUGGAAGUGAAAGAGGGAGCCAGAGUGGGAGUGGAAGUGAUAGUGAGAGUGGGAGUGGAAGUGGGGGUGGGAGUGGAAGUGAGGAUGAUACUGAUUGA